CAGUUUGAGUUUUGCCCCUGGAUGGACCAGUUCACUCCUACAAAUAGUUAGUCACACUAACUUGGGUUCUGUCUCUUUUCAGACUCAUCUGAAGAAAACUCAGAAGCCGCCAUUAUGUCAAACAAGAUGGUCAUCCAGCAGCCCAUGGCCUUUGUUCAGACUGCCACGUCAAACCAAUGGAACUCUGAAAUCUGUGAUUGCACCGAGGAUAUGUCUUCCUGUUGCUUUGCAUUCUGGUGCUUUCCCUGUUUUUCCUGUAUAACGUCGAAAGAGGCUGGGGAGUGCCUGUGUCUGCCCUUGCUGGAUGGUUUUGGCCUAAUUCCUCCCAUCACCAUGUCCAUGAGGGUGGCCAUGCGUCACCGCUACGGCAUCGAGGGCACCAUGUGUAACGACUGUGUCUACUCUUUCUUCUGCACUGCCUGCACCUGGUGUCAAAUGUCACGAGAGAUGAAGACCCGUCAGCAACCCAUCACUCUCGUCAACGCCCACAUGAGGGGGUAGAGGCUUUGCUCAAGGGCAGAUGGACAGCUUUUUGUUUCUCGCUGUCGGCUCAGGGAUUAGAACGAGCAAACUGUUGAUUACUCGUUAAAUGCUUAAAUUGCUGGAUCUGCCCACCCAAGAUUAGACUAAUGUUAAAUAAAUACCAGACAUGCCAAUCAUCACGGAAAGUCGAAUUGUUAGUAUUCUCUGUCCCCACUUCUGAACCUACCAUUCUCACUUCUCACGGGUCUCCAGACACGGCCCCAUUCAUCAUCACUUACUCAAGUGUUUUGUGUACACCAACCAAAACAGAUCUGUCAGAUUCCAGGGCAUCUGGGUUAACUGGAAUAUCUUUCAUUUGAUCUUUCGCAAAUCCUCUACUGUGCUGUUUUAAGAGGACCUCCCAUUCAAUGCAACCCUUUUAGCCAGCUGAAUGUAUUUACAAAGUAGCUCUUUAAAUAAUGAAAGUGUAUGAAAGUUAAAUAAACAUGAAUAUAUGUAUAUAUAUAUAUAUGUAUAUAUACAUAUAAAUACGUCUCCAAACCUAUUGAAUAUCGAACCUUUGUAUAACUGUACAAUGUAUGUACGUUUUUAUUAGCAGAAACCUCCUUCUUUCUGACCUAGCUUUCUUUUACGCUUACUUUCCUGUGGUGUCCGUUCCAAAUGUCCAGGCUUUUCUCGCUCUUGAAAUGCACCCUCACACCGUCGAACGACGCACUCCUUGAUUAGAUGCAUCACUCUUGCCUCCCUGCAGGGGGUGCUCUUGAUAAAGAAGCAGCUGGGAGUGUUAAGUGUUAAAGUUGCGUGGGUUCAGUGUCUUCCUGGAGCAUCGACAAACUGUAUAACCACAAUCCGACUACGCCCUCAAGGCUUCCACCUCUAUAGCUUCUGAUUCAUCGUGCUUGUCAAAAUGAUUUAAUUAAACAUAGGUAAUGCCACUU